AUGGUAGAAAAUCAAUCUAAGGCUGAUCAUGUUGUGAAUGAAGAUGUCCGCAAGAUUCCACUUGCAAUUGAUCCUAAUCUGAUAAGGCCGCUGCCCUCCUUUGUCCCGCCUACAAAUGAUAUAGGAAGCGAAGAUCAGCUAGACAACAACACAGAACAAACACCUGCGGCCUCACAGUCAUUGAUAAACAAUCCGUAUGAGACUUAUGGAAACUUGCCGCUGGAUAAACUAAUACCUAUUAUAUUACAAAGUCGAGGACCUGGUUCUAAAUUUGCUGACCUCUCAGAGGAGGCUCUGCUGGAGGAAAUCGCCAAGGAGCCUACUCAAACGCAUUCAAUAGCAAAUGGUGAUAUAGACAUUGAUAUGAAUGAUUCUGAGGCUACAGGUAGUGCAGGGGAUCAAAUUUUGAUACCACAACCGAUUGAAGGUACUUUAAAUGAAGAUGAAGAAAACGAUAUGACACAUGAACAAUUUCAACAACUGAGAAAGAAUGCCGUCCUAUCGCUGGACCUCGCGCUCAACGAAUCCUCUUUGGCGUUAGAGUUUGUAUCACUCUUGCUGUCCUCUGUUCGGCCUUCAGCAGCCACUGCUUCUAUGUCACCAUUUUUGAAGAAAACUGUACCAUCUGCUUCUUUGAAUGCUGAAAAGGUUCCAUAUGAAAAACCGAAGGAGUCGGAGAUAAUGGAAGGUAACCUUGUGACAAAGGGAUGGAAACUACGGAGUCUCGAAGAAUCUCGUCUUUUGAUGAAGGAAACACACAAAGCGCUGGAAUUGACUGUGGAGAGAGAACAGAAUUACUGGUCUAAACUGUCUCAUUAUAUUUCCCGUAAAGACGUUGUGUUUAGAAUGAAAGAUAAAGAAACGGGCGAAAGGACGCUAGGGCUCAAGUACGGAUACGAGGACUCGGGCUCCAGAUACAAGCAAGAGCGUGGUAUAGCUAUCCUAAGGCAUGAACCUAAGAACAAUACAUUAGAGAUUGUUCCAUCGGAAACACAGCAGGCUAGCGCGUUAGGCAGACUGAACCAGGAAAGAUUUCUGCGGGUAAGAAUUUUCAACAAAAUCGAAGAAGAAGAUGAUUACAUAUUGAGCGGAGAGACAUCAUUAGAUGAACUCUUGAUUCCAAGCAACAAUCUCGCUGAGGAACAGGACAUUCGUCGCCAAAUUGCAAGACUACAAUUCUUCAUUUUUGAAAAGGAAUUGAUGUUCCAUAUGAAAAAGGAAGCAGCUAAUCUGAUAUCGUACGGGGUCAGUAUCGAGAAUGAAAACAAAAUUACAGUUGAAUUUGCUACCGAAAAGAUGGAGUUCGAAAUGAUCAGUCUAACCGAUGAUAUAGUCAUGAAUCGGCAACAGGACGCUCCGAAAACAAAUGAUAAGAAAGCUCGCCUAAUUUUGGUGAUGCUAAGGAUGUUGCUGGUCACAAUGUUUAAAAAACAAUUAAAAAGAAACUUGGUGUUGGAGCAAAAAGGCGAAAGCGCUCCUAAGAACUCCCCCAGAUCACAAAACCAUGAGGUGCUUUUACUGCGUCCAAUAUUGGGUAAAUUCAGGCAUGCCAACUACUUGGACUUGCUACAGAAUGUUGUCAAAACGUAUGUGCUUGAUGUAGUUGAAGGUGCUACCCUUAAAGACUCUACCAUCGAAAAAACAAAAUCUAGCGAUACAUUCGGCGAACAAGGCUUUGACAAGCACAUUGUCAAGCUCGAUCGCGAAAUCAAACUGUUUGAAAGCAUUUUGAGAAAGCCCCGGACCUACCUCACAUUACUGCUGCCGUCUGCUGGCGAAAUUGAAUUUGGUCUCGAGAGCUCUAACUACUGCAAUGCUAGUACGACAGUCAAAUAUAUUAACGACUCCGGUACAACAUUAUUCAACACAAAAUUCUCAAACUUUAAGGAAUUGGAGGACUUUUUACAUUUUAUUGUUAGUGAAUAUGUAAAGGAGAACGGUACACAGGUUUAG